AUGCGCCGUGUUUUUCCAAACGUGGCUUGCCUGUGUUUGGCAAAGUCGAAGCGUGACCUCCACUUCCCUAUCACGCCGCCACCUAUUGAAAUUGAGUACUUGGAUGAGGACCCGCUGGAGUUUGCUGUUCGUACGGAGGCCCGUAAGUGGGGAUUUGACGACAUGAGCUAUAUGCGGGAACUCGCCUUUGUACGCAUCAAUAACAAUCCGACGGUUGGGCAGUUUCGUACUAUGACCCCGGAUGAACGGCGUAAUCUGUUCUGGGGUAGUGACAGGCAGGACUUUUUCCGGCACCUCACGUUUAUGCUCACCGGCACCCCGGAGCAUCUCUACCACCGCGGAUGGUAG